UAAAUGGGGGAAACGGAGAGUAGCUUGACAAAAGAGGCGCCGGUCGUUUUCGAGGAUUUCUUCGAGCUCGUUCCGUUGUCCGCCCUCUCGUCUCCUUCCUUUUAUCUCGUUCUCCUGCUCGCGCGAACAAGCAAUACCGGUCGGCGGGCGAGGGAUGGGGAUGUCGAUAGGGAUGGCGAUGAGUGCUGGGAGAUAGGGUUCCACGUGUUCAUGUGCCGACUUCUGCUUCGAUGCCUCUAACCCAGCUGGGAGAAGCUCGCGCAGCAUUGAGUUCAAGUAGCAUGAGCUCUACAUCAUCUCAAUUUGCUUCCCCUAGAAAGAUGGGAAUAUAUGAAACAAAUCACCAGAUAGGCAUGUGGGGAAAUUCCUUGAAUGCUGACAGCAGCCAAAAUACAGCAUCAUCAGCAAUGGUGGACGGCAAUGUCCACCACGGUGGUAGGUUAGAAGAUGGCCCUCAUACCACAGCACGGCAUUCGAAAAAAUAUGACCAGGAAGCCAACAAGCCUGCAGAGAAGGUAUUAAGACGACUGGCACAGAACAGAGAGGCUGCUCGAAAAAGUCGUCUAAGAAAAAAGGCUUAUGUUCAACAGUUGGAAUCAAGUCGUGUAAAACUAGCUCAGAUGGAGCAGGAACUUGGUCGGGCUAGGCAGCAGGGUGUAUACAUAGGUGGGAAUUCAGGAGAGUCGACUCUUGGCCUAUCAGGCAGUGUAAACUCAGGUGUUACUGCAUUUGAGAUGGAAUAUGCACACUGGGUAGAAGAACAGAACCGACAAACCAAUGAACUUAGAGCUGCUCUACAAGCACAUGUAUCCGAUAUAGAGCUUCGUAUGCUUGUAGAGAAUGGAUUGAAUCACUAUGACAAUCUCUUUCGAAUUAAAGCAAUUGCUGGGAAAUCUGAUGUCUUCUAUAUCAUGUCUGGCAUGUGGAAGACAGCUGCUGAACGAUUUUUCCUAUGGAUUGGAGGUUUUCGGCCUUCAGAACUUCUAAAGGUUCUCUUACCACAGCUAGAUCCUCUGACAGAGCAACAAGUUCUUGCUGUAUGUAACUUGCAACAAUCUUCAGCCCAAGCUGAGGAUGCACUUUCACAAGGAAUGGAUAAACUCCAACAAACUCUAGCUGAGUCUCUGGCAUCUGAUGCCUCUGGUUCCAAUGGUGUUGCGAAUUACAUGGGACAGAUGGUGAACGCAAUGGGGAAACUAGAGGCUUUUGUGAAUUUUGUGAACCAGGCGGAUAACCUUCGGCAACAAGCCUUGCAGCAGAUGUACAAGAUUCUCACAGUUCGACAAGCGGCACGAGGUCUACUUGCUCUUGGUGACUACUGCCAACGCCUUCGUGCCCUUAGCUCGCUAUGGACUGCUCGUCCACGCGAACCAGCUUAGUGCUCUAUCAAAGUGAUUCAUCGUAACAUGGUGUUCAUGCCCUUAGCUUGCUGCGGGCUCACAACAACCUGCCACGGGAAUGUAAUUGUAGCAGGGCUGAUUCUAGUAUCUACCAGGAGUAAUUUUGUAAACAUAAAGUAACAACUAAAUUUGAAGCAUAUAGAUCAAGUUGAGUUGAUCUGUAAAUAUUUAUGACCGCUCCAGGGCAUUGCCUGCAAAAUUGCUUCUUCAGGCAGCUGUUUUUAUGAUGUAUAUCGUACUAUUGUAGUCGGAACACCCUUUUAGAAUACAUUGAAUUGUGAACUAGUAGAUUUGUUCUU